ACUUUUGGCCCGAAUCAGCCAUGGUCCGAAUCAGCUUGGUUUCCCUCGAUGUAUGUAGGCUACUUUUCUAUUCGACAGGGACUAGCUCAGAGAUCAGUGCUCACAGUACAGAGCUUUAAAAUAAACCACGCCAAAAUGAUGAAUUGAUCUGACGUUUUAUUUAUUUUAUAUUAUGGUUCAGUAAGCCGGAAUCGUUUUACUAAUAUUAAACCUCAAACUCCCAUUCCACUCCAGCACCCGGAUUCGAAAUGAAGUUAGCAAGCACAGUCGAAGCGACAAUAUUCAUAUACCAGGUCAAGGUAGAUGUCCACGGAAUUUGGAAUUGAUGCAUAAAACUACUAUGUCUCAACAGAUCAAGCCCAAGUUAAUUGUUUUUGAUUUAGAUUAUACAUUGUGGCCAUUUUGGGUUGAUGCACAUGUCUCUCCACCGUUCAACAAACAUAAAGAUGGUAAAGUCUAUGAUCGUGAUCAACAACUAAUAAAGUAUUAUAAAGAUGUGCCUGGUAUGUUACAUAGGUUACAUAAUGACGGAUAUACUUUAGGUGUAGCAUCAAGAACACAAACCCCACCUGAAGCUCACAAGUUGGUGGAACUGUUUGAUUGGGACAAAUAUUUUAAAUAUAAAGAAGUCUAUCCAGGAAAUAAAAUAAACCAUUUUCAACAAUUUCAAAACAAGAGUGGUAUUCCAUAUAAGGACAUGCUUUUCUUUGAUGACGAAAUGCGAAAUAUCGUAGAUGUAGGGAAAUUAGGAGUGACGUGUAUACACGCAGCUGAUGGUAUAUCUAAUGCUGUUCUUACAGAAGGUUUACACAAGUUUCAAAUGAAUAACUCUUGACGUCACAUUAACAAAAUUUAAUACUUGAGAACUCUUAGCGUCCAUUUGACUGUAAUGUUAUUGAUGUUACCAAGGCGAUUUCUUUCAUUCCUUUGUUAAAAUAGUUUGUUUAUGUGUUCAUGUAUCUUUUAAACACAGCUUUUAUAGUAAGACUGCCUUGACAUUUUAUUUAACACCAGAAAAUACGAUCACAUUAACCAUGUUUUAAUAUGUGUACACCUGUUGUAUAAAGAAAUGAUUAUGUAUUUGAAAAUUUAUUAAUAAACAUAACUUUUAAAAUUA